CUUUGGUGCACGUAGUGUAUGUUGAGCGUGCCAUGCCCGUCCACGUCGAUGUCCCUCGUGAACUGGGGUAACUCGGCGUUGAUCUUGGCUUCGUGCUCCCGCCAAUCGUAGCCACCUGCCCAGCGCCCGACGAUCCGUUUAACAUCAGCAAGUGGAGCACCAUAUGCCCAUUGGGCGUCCUCGAGUUCGUCCGGAAACGUCGUCAGUUCGAGCUUUUUCUUGAGCAGGAUCAGUUUAUCAUCAGGGAUGGAGAUCUUGAAAGGUUGUUCGGCCAUGUAUGUGGUGAUUGUGAAGGAAAAGGUGGUUCUUCGCCAUGAUCUUCCGAUACGUCAUGCAGCGCUGCAGGAAUUCACUGUUCAUCUCUGAACCGCCGCUAUGUAUAUGUAAGGUUUCCGCUCGGCCCGAACAGUGAGGGUUAGUUCCCAAGAACGCCGCCAAUCGCCGCCUCAGGCCGCAUCAGGCCGAGUGACAUCAGCGUGACGCUUGUCAGGUGUGGUCGGCGUUAGGCGUGUGUUUUUCACCGGGAGAAACCGGGAGUAUAACUUUGUCCUCCUCCUCUGCAGCUGCAGGCACCAGGCCUGCCUCGCCUCGCCUCCGGCCUGCGAUGAAGCGACCCACCUUCUAUACAGCUCUACCGAGGGUUGGUCGCGUACGGUCCAACUCCGCGACCUCACGCACGCUUUACUCCAACCCCAACUCCAUCGCGUCAUUUUUUGACGCAUCCGCUCCCCCGCCUCCGCCCGCGAAUGCCCGACUCACCACGCACCGCGUCCCUGGAGAAGCCAGAGCCGAGCUCGAAGGUCCACAAACGAACCCGCAUCCUACCCAUGCGCCGUUGGCUCUCGCUUCCCCACACGCUCCAUCAAAUAGUCACCCACAUACCGCGCAGCGCGCCCUCUUCCUCUCGUACACACCGAACGUGACCCCGAAGCACCCUAAUGCUCAACCGUCGGGGACAGCCCGCACACAGCGGAGACGGGGCCACAAGUACACGCUGGACAUCGGGGCCUAUGGGAUCGCGAAGAAAGGUCCGUUUCCCCGGGUGCGGGGGUUGGAUGUCACAGAGAUGAACACCGACGCGCCGCUGGCUGUUCAAGUUGGAGAGGAUGCCUAUUUCGUACGAGAGAACGCGAUGGGUGUCGCCGAUGGCGUCGGUGGAUGGUCAAGGGUCAAGAGCCUUGCACCACCGACCGGCCCAAGCGCCUCCGCUCUAUUUGCGCGUCGCUUGAUGCAUUUCUGUGCUGACGAAAUCGACCACGCAACACAUGGCGCCAGAGUCCUCCACGCGGGUCCUUCGAACUGCUCGCAUUCACAACCCCGGCACUCUUCCGCUUUCUGGGAUCACUUGCCAUCGUCUACGCUCCCCUCGCACGAUUCAUAUGAUCCGUAUGUGCCAAGCUCAGUCUACGACUCGCACUCUGUUUCCCCUUCACUCUACGGAUCGGCACUAGAUGAACUGAAUCUUGAAGACUUGGAAGUUUCGCUAGAGGAGGAACUGGAGGAACUGGCCGAUGGACUGGACGUAUUGAGCAUCCUGGAGCGGGCAUAUGAACGCACAAUCCGGGCGCAUGUUGUCGAAGUGCCCGCGUCUCCCUCAUCUCCUCCGGAUCUCAGGAGAAUGGGAGCCUCACUCAAAGUUCCGCCUGUUCAAACCAAGACGGUUCCUCUUCGGGUCGGAGGCAGCACAGCCCUGGUUGCUGUGUUAGAUUAUGUUCCAAGUCCUGGAAAGGGCAAGGAACCGGAAGGUUGGGUGAAUCUAGAUUCCGUAGAAAGGGUCAAGCCGGAACCAGUGCUUGAUCUGGCAUCCGACAACGAAGGCGAGCUCCGGCCUGUCCUGAAGAUCGCGCAUUUGGGUGACUGUAUGGGUUUGCUUGUCCGAGAGGACAAGGUCGCCUGGCGGAGUGAAGAGAUGUGGUGGCGAUGGAAUACACCGGUGCAGCUCAGUGCUGCCGGAGCUUCAAAACCUGUGUCGAUACCGAACAAGGCAAGCGACCCCAGCUGGUGGAACUCCUGGUCGAGGGACGAUCAGUCAGUUGGUGCCGAAGGCGACGUCACGCCGCGAUCGGCAGCCCACACUUUCGUACUCCCGGUCCAAGCGGGAGAUAUCCUGAUCCUGGCGAGCGAUGGGCUCGGCGAUAACCUUUGGGACGAGGAUGUGUUGGACGAGGUUGCACGCGUACGCGAACUCGUGGGGCCAGUGAACCCCAAUGAAGACUCGGCCCGAUUGCGCCGACGGACGCUCGCCGGAUUGCUGGGCGAAGCCUUGUGCUCACGAGCCAGGCGGCUGGCGACCUGCAAAGAACGCGGAACAUCUUGUGCGGGGACCGAUGUGCUGCAGUCUCCGUCGCCUAUCGACGAGACACCGUUUGCCCGCAGGGCUGUCGAGGCUGGAAAGGCAUUCCAGGGCGGUAAAAACGAUGACAUAUCCGUUGUGGUGGCGAUGAUAGCAUCUGCUGGCCAUUCGUCUCUUAAUCAUGUCGACGCAGCCUGGUCAUGAAUGAUGAUGUCAUAUUUCAUUGGGCGGGCAGUGAGUUGUAUAACAGUGUAUGUAGUUGUAAAAAUACAAGUGAGAUAUAUCGAUGAUGCUGUAAUGAUAUGCCAUGUUAUGCAGUUAUCCAUAAUUCAGGUUUUCGACGGGUGGCUGCUCCCCGGCUGGUGGUCUUCUGGGCAAGCUGUUGUUUACCAACGGCGGUGGCGGCCCUGGAGGUCGGGCGGGCAAUCCAGCGGGCAGAUUCGGGGGGCGAGGCGGCUGGCUCCGUUGAUCGGGGCCGCGCCAUCCACUCGGUGGUCCCCGAACAGCCCCUUGUCCAUGUCGACCGUUUUGAUGGCGGCCUGGAGGAAUGGGUGGUUUAUACCCCAUGUGGGGCUGGUGCAUCUGUUGCUGUUGAUGGUGGUGUAGUUGCUGCUGUUGGUGCAUCUGCUGCUGCUGGUGCAUGUGCUGCUGCUGCUGCAUGUGCUGCCGGAGACCACGCUUGUCGAACUCGUGCGAAGCUUCGUACGUGGGAAGGCUGACUCGACGUUCAGCGCGGAAAGAGAGCAUUUCACACAAGAGACAUACCUUUUCGGGUCAGCGGGCAUCGGGUCAGUCCAGAAAUAGUCGUGAUCCAAAGCUUGCGCUGCCGUGAGCCGAUCGCGAGGGCUGCAGGUCAAAAGUUUGUCCAACAAAUCGCAAGUUUCAACGCCGAGACUGAGUAGCGGGUUUGAGCGAUUGAAAAAUGUCUUGAAAGCGUCGCUUACAAUUCAUAAACACUCUUCAACUUGCGCAUGCGAGUCUGGUCGAACCGUUGCUUAACGCCUUCGCAGCCCGGGAGGUGAUCGUAGUUUGGCCAAUUGUGCUGAUUGGGCGUUCCACAAAGUGUCCAGAUCUUCUCCAGCUGGUCGAGAUCGCUGGUUCCCGGGAGAAUCGGCCGUCGAACAAACAUUUCGCCGAGAACACAUCCAAUUCCCCACAUAUCAACCUCCCCACCGUAUUGCCGUGCCCCCAUCAACAAUUCGGGUGGCCGGUACCAUCGCGUCACGACACAGUUAGUGUACCUGCGCUCCUUGCCGACUCGAUUCACGUUGUCCCCAGAAUCAAAGGCGCGCGCCAGACCAAAAUCGGCAAUCAAAAGCGUCCCGGAGUUACUGAUGAGCAGAUUCGCUGCUUUCAUAUCCCGGUGGAGGAUGUGGUUCUGCAGCAAGUGGUAAAAAACAGUCGCGGUUGGGAGAGGUGUACCAACCCGAUGCAUGUACUCCGUCCCUUCUAGCAGCUGCUUCAUGUACAACUUGAUCUGACUCGGCUGGAGUUUGACGCGUUCGUUCUCGAGCAGACCUGCCAAGUCGUGGUCCAUGUAGGGGAAAACCAUGUAGACAGAGAGCGGCUCUUUCUCUGUGCUCCGAACAACAAACAUGUCCAGUAUGUUGACGAUGGCAGGGUGUUUCAAUGCUUUGAGAAUCUUGAUCUCCCGCAGAGCAGUGACUGGCAUUCCCUCCUUCUCGUUGUGCAUGAGGAUGCGCUUCAGAGCGACUAGUCGAUUACUUUGCGAGUGGAUGGCCUUGUGGACUUCACUGCACGAAUCGUCUGACUGAUGCACCAUGCAAGCCAUAAAAACGACUCACCCGAAAGUCCCUUCGCCCAACUUGGUUGUGACCUGGUAAUCUGAUUGCUUUCCACACCCUUCGAACACUCGCCCAUAGGCUUGCUUUUCAGCCUCACUAGAGCGAAGCAACGGAGGAGACUUCCGAAUGAUCGGCCGCGGAGGCUCGGGCCGCAUGUCUGGUGGCGGUACAAGGGACUGCAUGGGAGGCCGCAUUGACGGAGGAGACCGUAUAUGGAGAGGUGCUGGGGGACGAGGAGGCAACGACGCCGGCGGCGGAGGAAGACUAUGACCCAACCGAGGAUCCGGUGGCGGGGGCGGGGGUGGAGCAUCCGUAGGUUGCGGCGGUUGUAUACCCAAUGAUGGAGAAUGCGGGCGCGUUUGAGGUGACGGCGGCGCUAUUCCGUGGGAGGAAGCAGAAUGCUGGAGUCGUGACGCAGGAGAACGUGGAGAGAAAGGUGCGUGUCGCGGCGACACCGGUCGGUACGGAGGAGGAGACGUAGGUCUAUAAAAGUCUCCUCGAGAUGCCCCGUCGUAGGGGCGGUACUCGUCCCGUCUCCCUCGGGGCUCCCAAUCGCGGGGCCGGUAGCUUCUGUCUCGAUCAUGCGAGUCAUACCACCUGCGGUCGUCGUACCGCCGCGGUUCAGGUGAGCGUGGUCGGUGCCUUGGAGAUGCUGAACGUCGUGGAGAAGGGGAUCGUCGAUGGCGGCUUGGGGGUGAAUGAUAUCUACUGGAUGAAGAUGGCGCGUCUCUAUGCUCCCCGCGUCCCACUUUGCGUUGUUUGGUGUCCAUGCUUGGAUCAGUUACUUUGGGUUUCUCGGGAAGGACGGGUUUAGGUGGAAGAGAUUUCUCAAAUAUGUUCCCAGCAACAAGCGCUGCCGGGGCAUCUUUCUUCUUGAAGGGGAAUGGGAUUUUCUCUUUCAAGGUAAGUGUGGGCUGGACGACAACGACAGAGGAGGUAGAAGCUGGAUUAUCGUCCGCCACCUCCCCCUCCUCGGGAGGAGAAGAUGGGAUAUUCCUUUUGCUCGGCCGAGCGCCAUCGGGUGACCGAGAUGCUGGGCGUUUGGAGGAAGUUGACAUGGAGGCCGGGCAAACAUCACCAAACGGAAUCUAGCUAUGCUAGCGUAACGUGCGAGUAUCCGGGUCCGGGCAGAUUGUACUGAAGAAGUUCUAGGCAAUAGACGCAGGUAGGACUUUUAUGAGGACUGUUUUCGAGGACGGCGCUGCGUUGAGUUCUCGGCUGGACAUUUUCCAUGUGACUUGGCGCCCACACUGGUGAAAGCUACCAAACCAACCAUUCUUUUUCCUAUCGUAAGUAGGAUACAUUUCUAUACACUUUAGGGACAUAAUGCACGCAGGCAAGGUUCCAUCGAGUGCAAGACGUGGUCGGAGAGGAAAGAGGCAUCGGUGGCUGUGCAACAAGCCCUUGACCUGUUUGUUACUGCAGCCGAAUCCAUCCAGUUACUCUCUUACACAUUGUCAGACGCCAUGGAUUUAGGAUCUAAUUUUGCAAGCAAGCUGGAGCCUUUCAUCCUCAUGUCGAAGUCCGCCAAGGGCGCGGCUGCCGCAAAACUCGUUGGAGAUGCGACCAGUGCACCAGGCGUCUUGGUCUUCUCCGAGCUAUUGGAGCUUCCCAACAUUCAAGAGCUUGGGAAGACCGAAGCUCACUCCAAGUCACUCGCCCUGUUGGAACUGUUUGCCUAUGGCACCUAUGAGACCUACAUGCUUAACAAGGACACUUAUCCAGCUCUGAAUGCUGCCCAAACUACAAAGCUCAAGCAUCUGUCGAUUGUCACAUUGGCGGCCGAACGUCGCAUCUUGCCGUAUAACGAUCUCCUCCGUGCCCUCGACAUGCCCAAUGUACGGGAGCUCGAAGACUUGAUCAUUGAUGCCAUUUAUCUCGAUAUCCUCCGCGGGCGUCUCGACCAGAAAGCUUCUCAACUUGAAGUAGAAUACACCAUGGGCCGCGAUCUCGCACCGGGUGCCAUCGAUGCUGUACUUGCUGCACUGCGCGACUGGGCUAGCACCACGGCUGCUGUGCUCCAGACGCUCGACGCGAAACUCACUGCCGUUGCAUCUCAAACAGCUUCUCGAAAAGCGGAUCUGGCAGCUCAUGACGAGGCUUUACAGAGCGUUUUGAAAGAGGUUGCGAAAGAGAAAGGAGGAAACCGGCGCGCUGGAGGCUCGGGCAGUGGGGGUAUGCCUUAUGAUCCCAUGGAGGUUGACGAGUCUGGUUCGGCAGCGGGAGUGAACAUGGGGGUGUUGAUGAACACUCUUCGCGGUCUUGAGGGACAAGAGAAUACAAGGGGGAAAGGUCGCAAGACUGCGCCUGAGGCGGCGAAACCUGUGCGUAAACGGAAUCGAUUCUAAUCUAGCCAUCAUCUGCAGUGUUGUACGAUAGCGUAUGAACCAUCAGGCUGUUUCCGGUGGUGGAUCACGCUCUCUCUCGUCCUUCACCUGCUCUUCUUCUCUCAGGAUUGCCCUCGCGUUCACCAAUGCCUUUCCCAGAAGAUUCAUGCCCCACUUCUUCUCGCCCUUGCCCGACAAGGCAUUUGCCUCACUGCAUCCAAUCCCCCAAAUCCUAUCUCGGGGACUCGCCUCAACGAGACAGGUGUCUCCGGUAGCAAACAGCUUCGCUCGAAGCUCUCCAUUCUGUCGGAAUUUGUGCACGGAUCCUUCUGUGACGAUUCUUUCCCUAUGCUUGACCCAGAUCACAUCGUCGAAGUUCUUGACUUGCCGACCGAGCUUUUUCACCGCUGAGAGCUCGCUCUUCGAUGUCCCUUUGAUGGCUCGGACCUUCUCGACGACGCUGAAAUCGGAGAAAAGAAGAGCCUUUUGCUGCAUCAUCCAGUGUUCGUUGGAUGGAAAGUGUAUCGUUUCUUCGUUCCCAUCGAUAUUGACUUGUGCCUCGAACGGGGCGGCGUACCACUGCGAGGCCCAACCACUAACAAAUCCACAGACCAUCAGAUCUGAACGGCCGUCGUUCAGCCUUGUCCAUGCUUACUUGACGUGGUCGGUCGACCAGAAGAAUGUGUAGCCUGAUGUUUCGGGCUCUGCUGUACGAAUCGCGGGCAUGCUUAAUGAAGGGAGUUGUCGGACUAUACAGAGUGGCUGUCUGCACUUUCCAAUCUUAAGUAGUCUUCAAGAUUAUGACAUUUGACACCACAUGACUCCGAUGUCAUGCGGCCACGCGCCGGGCGGUCUGUCGUUGCUGCCGCCAAUCAGUCAGUCAGUCAGUCGGAACUGGUUGCCUCAAGCAAUACAUCACACGACGUCUUGAAGAUUUCUUUAAAAUUCAUCUUCACCCAUUACCGGUGUUCAAAGUGAUUAGAGCUCGGCUGAUCGAGCGCGUUCGCGUUUGCGAGGAAUGCUAGAUUUCCUUGCGGCCUUGGUCCUCUCCUUUUCCCUUUCGGCCUGUGUAUGCUUCUUGACCUGUUCUGUGAGCGCACCGAGGUGGUGCUGCAGCUGCCCUAGCCGUUUCCGCUGAGCAGGUCUCGGUGCCGGUGUGUACUUCGGAAAGUCACUCGGAAUCAGCGGGAACAUUAUAGAGGGCGAGGAGGGCACAGUGGAAGACGAGGAUGAUGGAUGUGAAGGUGAAGAGAGCAGCAGAGAUGAAGGAGUCGACUCUUGGAAGCGAGCAUCAGCCUGCUUUUCGAAUCCCGCGUAUGGAAUUGAGGUGUGGUUGUGAUACCAUGUCUCGAAAGCAUUCUCGGGGUCGUUCCAAUUUGAUGGGUCCAGUAACGCCGUUUCGUCUUCUUCUUCGAGAUCCCUUUCAUCAUCUCCCAGCGGCUCCAAAUAAGCCAACCCGCGGGCGGAGAACACAUGCGGCAGAUUUCCUCGCCCUCGGCGGGGUGCGAUUGGAGAUGCGUUCACCGUGAUAUGAACUUGCAAUGUUUGCGAGUGAGACUGAGGACGCGUCAGCAUCCUUGUUGUAAGCAGAACUAUUUAGGUUACUCACAUAGACGAUGCCGCGGCU